AUGACCGCAAAAAGAGCGUUGCUUUUGGCGGCGGUGGCCAUACUCCAACCAUCCAUCACUUGGGCGCUCCAAGGGGCGUUCUUGUGGCCUAUUCCGCAAACUGUCGAAUCUGGAAACAUCGAUAUCAACUUGGACCCAAGCUUCAAGAUCCUUGCACCCAAGGAGUUGGACGAAGCUGUGUCGCGCUAUACUCAAAUCAUCUCUCAAGAACGAUGGGUGCCAGUACGUAUCUUUCUUAUCGCUGCAUCCACUUUGAAAUCGCUGCAGGUCACUGUAAAGGAUCCUACGGUGGAUCUUGCAUUUGGUGUCGACGAGUCGUAUGUGUUGGAUGUGAACGGUGUUGGCAACAAGGCUACGCUGCAGUCUCCCACGGUAUGGGGUGCCCUGCGCGGUCUCGAGACCUUUUCUCAACUUGUACAAGCGCGUUCUUACGACGACAUGCCGAUCCAAGAUUAUAGCGAUGAUGAGGAUGAUAUCGCCAAUGACACUAUGGCAGCCGAUAUGUUUAUUCCAGAAACACCUAUCCAUAUUGAAGACGCGCCUAUGUUUUCUCAUCGUGGAUUGAUGCUGGACACGUCAAGAAAUUAUUUCCCCGUUUUCCACUGGCAUAUUACCGAUUCACAAAGUUUCCCUCUACGACUGGAGAGUGCACCAGAACUCGCACAGCAUGGCGCCUAUGUCAUGAAUAAUAGACGAUUUGUGUAUACAAAAAAUGAUAUCAAACGAAUCGUACAAUAUGCACGAGCCAGAGGUAUUCGCGUCAUUCCCGAGAUUGACAUGCCCGCGCAUACUGGCUCGUGGGGUAUGGCACACAAAGAUAUCACAACAUGUCUGGGUCGAUUCUUUUUGGACAAGAGCAACAAAUGGAGUGACCGCUAUGCAGCCGAACCAACGACCGGUCAACUCAAUCCAGUAUCCAACAAAACCUAUGAAGUGGUCAACAAGGUAAUCACAGAAGUAUCGACAUUGUUCCCCGAUGCUUGGUUCCACGGUGGCGGCGAUGAGCCGAUCUACAAGUGUUGGGAAGAAGAAGAGUCAGUGCGUGACUACAUGCAAGAACACGGUGCCACCGGGGAAGACUUGCUGCACAUGUUUUUGGACAAGGAGCUUGGAUUUAUUCGCAAUAACAGCAAGACUGCUAUUCUGUGGGAAGAUUCUGUUACCAAUAACAACUUGCCCAUCCCCAAGGAUGUGGUACUGCAAGUGUGGGUGAAUGCAGUGACUGAAGCAGCUAAAAAGGGUUACAAGGUGAUUGCUUCGCAUGCUAACUUUUGGUAUUUGGACUGCGGUCACGGUGGAUGGACUGGCAACGAUACGUCCUAUGAUGAACAAACCCAACCCAAGAUUCCAGAGUCACUUGCCCAAGAACUGGAUAGACAUCAGCUCACAGACAAUUACCGACCUUCUAACUGGGGAGGAUCCGGUGGUGAUUGGUGCAGUCCGUUCAAGACCUGGCAACGUAUCUACAGUUAUGACAUGACUUUUGAUCUGACGCCUGAAGAAGCCAAGAAUGUAUUGGGAGGUGAAGUCGCGUUAUGGGCUGAACAAACAGAUCGUGUUGGUCUUGAUGGGCGCUUAUGGCCACGGAGCGCAGCCGCGGCAGAGGUCAUGUGGUCAGGGCGUCGCGAUAAGAACCAACAGCAGCGUGAUCUUGGCGACGCCAUGUUGCGAAUCUUUGACUGGCGAUACCGAUUAGUGAAACGAGGCAUUCAAGCUGAAGCACUUCAGCCGCUUUGGUGGUAA